AUAUGUACACUACAAUAGGAAGAUCAAAUGUAGAGUGCGAGGGAGGGUUGUACAAGUUACAAAGGGUACAUGGUAGGCAUUGCAUAGAAGAUUGCGAGGAGGGACAAUCCGUUCGAACGCGUCACGUUUGAGAGAGUGCUAUCAGUUAGUUCAUCUAGUCAAGAUAUUUUACUUAGUUUAUCCAACCAUUGAGCUUUGGGUGAGGGGGGUUCUGACUCCACAGAAGAGGGAUGAGGGUUUUAGCAGCUGCUACCAUUUGUGUAGGUAAGAAUGUAAUAGUUGGUUGAAGUGCAGAUGUCAGUAAAGAACAUUAAAGAGCUGUGGACAGAGAGACAUUCCUGACUAUUACUUUAAGAAUCUUUAACUGAAAGUAAUAACCUGACUCUUUUAGAUGUGAUCAGAAUGUAGGCCCUAAAUAUACAACAGAUAGAAUAUAUGACUAUGAGAAGUGUCCAUGAACAGGUUAAUAGUGACUAAACUUGUGCUGUUCAGCCCUGCCCUGAGUAAAGUAUAAAAUUUGCCCUUUGGUUUCUGAGCGUCAGAGAUUUGUUGUUUUGUCUCCCUCUUCCUGGGUCAGCCAUGGCGUCUGCUGCUCUGAGAGACGAGCUGGACUGUUCCAUCUGUCUGAUCACUUAUAAAGAUCCUGUAAUGCUGAGAUGUGGACACAACUUCUGCCGGGUCUGUAUUGAUCGUGUGCUGGAUACACAGGACCAGUCUGGACUUUAUUCCUGUCCUGAAUGCAGAGAAGAGUUUCAGGAGCGGCCGACACUGAUGAGGAACAUCGCUCUGAGGAACAUAAUGGAGAACUUUCUGGUUACUCGUCCAACACCGACAGAACCCGGAAUCUUCUGCACUUACUGUGUGGACUCUCCUGUACCUGCUGUGAAAUCCUGUCUGCUGUGUGAGGCUUCUCUGUGUGAUAAACAUCUAGGAUUUCACAGCAAGACACCAGAACAUGUCUUAUCUGAGCCCAGAACUUCUCUGGAGAACAGGAAAUGUUCUGUCCAUAAGAAAAUCCUGGAAUAUUACUGCACUGAGGACGCUGCUUGUAUCUGUGUGUCCUGUGGAUUGGCUGAAGAACAUCGGGGACACCAGGUGGAGAUGAUGGAUGAGGCCUCUGAGAAGAAGAAGAAGAAACUAAGAAAUGUUCUUCAGAAACUGAUCAAAAAGAGAGAGGAGACUGAGGAAAGAGUCCGGAGUCUGGAGGAGCGCAGGAGAAAAGCUCAAGAAAAAUCAUCUGAAGAUGCGGAGAGAGUCACUGCCCUGUUUAUAGACAUGAGGAGACGGCUGGACGACCUGGAGAAGAGGGUCCUGAGUGCGAUCUCCAGGCAGGAAAAGGAAGAGUCACUGUCACUGUCUGCUCUGAUCCAUCAGCUGGAAAUAAAGAAGGACGAGCUGUCCAGGAAGAUGAGACACAUUGAGGAGCUGUGUAACAUGGCGGAUCCACUGACUGUCUUACAGGAUCCAGACACAGGUAACUUGUGUGAUCCUGAGGAGGGGGAAAGGGAUGACGACACAGGGGGACAUGAUAAGGCACAUGAUGUAGAUGAUCUGGAUGUGACUGUGAUCUCAGACACAUUCCACACAUUAUGUGACAUAAUAUCAGGUAUAAGGAGCGGGAUCUAUGAGGAGGAUCCUACAGACAUAUUACUGGAUGUAAACACAGCUGGUAAUUAUCUCCUUAUAUCAGACGACCUGAAAACUGCAACCGAGACAGAAGAGAAGCAGAAUCGUCCAGAAACAGCAGAGAAAUUCCAGGAUUAUCCACAGGUGAUGAGCAGAAGGAGAUUUACCUCAGGACGACAUUACUGGGAUGUGGAGAUCAGUAGAUCAGGAUGGAGGAGGGUGGGGAUGUGUUAUCCCAGUAUAGACAGGAGGGGAGAUCAGUCAGUCGUUGGAAAUAAUAACAAGUCCUGGGGUUUGUUGAGGAAUUGGAAUAAUUAUCAGUAUUAUGUGAUACAUGACAGUAAACAGAUCUGGUUACCUCACAAUAUCUCCAUUGAUAGAUUCAGGAUCUGUCUGGAUUAUGAGGCCGGGCAGCUGUCCUUUUAUGAGCUGUGUGACCCCAUCAGACACUUACACACCUUCACCACCACCUUCACCGAGCCCCUUCAUGCUGCAUUAUGGGUAGAGGGAGGUUCUAUAACAAUAUUAGGGGGAGACAGGAACUGGAAGAAACCAUCAUAAUAAGAAAACUGCUUAAAGAAACCAAGAUCCUGAUUGGUGGAUAAUUUAGCCAAUGGGAUGAAUGAGGAGGCAGGGCUACAGGGGAUGAUUGCUACAUGGCAGCCGUCCCUAUGACUAGAUCACAUGGUCUCAUUGAUUGACACAUUUCUACAUAUUGGGGCAAUCAGGUGUUUAGAGGAUUAUUUCUGCGUUAAUAAUAUUAAAGGGGAUUUCACGGGGUAAUAUUGUCUAAGACCAAAGGGUAGAAAUUCAUAUCCCCCAUACUCAUAGUGCCCCCUCUAAAGCUUCUACAGU